CUCUUCAAUAUUCAAGAAAAGAAAGAGAAAGAAAAUUGCAGAGAAAAAACAUGUUCAUCUCUUCCAUCCUCAUCAUCACCACUAUACUACAAGGACAACAAAGACAAGGAAUCAUCGUCCACGCCGCCAAAAUCACUCUGACGCAAGAAAUCCAAAUCACGACAACAAUACACGUCUCUCCGACAACGACAUCGACAUGGACAUUGUUAUUAGAGGAAGGAUCGACAUUAUUACCUCCUCUCACGGCGCUUGUACCUGUAUCUGGACCUGGGACAUUAGCCACUACAACGGGAAUUUCUAUUCUCGGAACAUAUAAUGAUGAUGAUGAUGAUGAUGCAGUAUCACCAUCAUCACACCACUACUAUCAUCAAACUCCGACUCAGACGUCGACUCUGACUCGGGAUUCGGCAAGCUACCAGCCAUCUUCUUUUUCUUCUUCUUCGACAACCAACACACCCGCCUCCAAAGUCCUUCUCAUCGGUAGUGACAAUGGAAGUGCUAGUGCUCUACCCCUCACAGCAGGCGGAUCAGCACAAACCAUUUCAGGAACGAGAUAUAGUCUGGACGAAUGCCGUCUCUUUGUAGACACGACAAAGACUGCGAUGUUGGGUUAUUCUGGGAGAGAAUGUGAACCGACUACUACAACUGCGACUGCGACUGCGACUGCGACGAGUGUAAUCAGGAAAAUAUGGACGUCGACGAGAACUGUACCUGUAGAAGUUACUUCAAAGGUGAUUAUGAUGCCUGCUGCUGCUGCUGCUGCUGGUGGUGGUAGAUUAUAUGCAGGAGUAAAUUCUACAAGAGUGGGAAUAGGAAGGAAUCAUACUCUUGCCACUACAACAACUUCUUCUGCUGCUGCUGCUGCUACGACUGCUACGAAAGGAAUCGUCCUCCUCGGCGCUCCCCUUGCAGGCCAACGCAAUUCGACUAUGACGAGAAGUAGAGCUCCUUGGACGUCGACGAGUAGUAGUAGUAGUGGGAUUACAGCUUCUGGAUCUGCGACUGCGACUUCUCAAUCGGGUGCGUCUUUUGGGUGUGAGGUGGAUAGAAGGAUUUUGGUCUGGUGGUUGAUGAUGGCGGGCGUGUUGUUUUUGUUGGUGGGGUGAGGGUAUCUGUAGAUCUAUUAGUUUAAUCAAUAUUUUGCAGAUUGAGUUAAUGAAAGUUUUAAUGAAAAC